AUGGACAGUGGAAGGGAAAAUAAUAUAGAAAGCGGAGUUGGAUUGCAUGAUGAAAAUAUUAACACAUCAGAAGACGAAGAAUUGUCAGUAGAUGGGAUAUUUGAGAACGAGGAGGUACCUUCAUGGACGAAACAGUUAACUAUAAGAGCUUUUGUAGUGAGUUUUGUGUUGUCGGUGAUGUUAUGCUUCAUACUGAUGAAACUCAACCUCAGCUUUGGUUUAAUACCACCACUGAAUGUCGCUGCUGGGAUAUUGGGAUUCUUUUUUGUCAAGACUUGGACUAAAACACUUGAGAAAGCUGGUAUGUUGAAGCAGCCCUUGACCCGCCAAGAAAUUACAGUCAUUCAGACCUGCGUUAUUGCCUCCACAGGCAUCGGUUUUAGCGGUGGCUUUGGAAGUUACCUGUUUGGAAUGAGUGAACGUGUUGCCAAUCAACCAGCAGAAGCUAAAUAUGAGUUGGACUACAAGAACCCGGAACUAGGAUGGAUGAUUGGCUUUCUUUUUGUAACUAGCUUCUUGGGUCUUUUCUCGGUGGUUCCUCUCCGAAAGACAAUGAUCAUAGACCUGAAGUUGGUGUAUCCCAGUGGUACUGCUAUUGCACAUUUUAUUAACAGCUUCCACACUCUUGGAGGGGAGAAACUAGCAAAAUCUGUACUAGCUCUAGCCGGGGUGAAACCUCCAAUCUGCAUGAAGUUCCUGUCGAGGGCUACAAACACUAAAGUAGAUAAGUACUUGGGAUCCUAG